AUGUCGACCUUGGAGGAUCUCGACAACCUCGAGCGCGAGUCCAGAGAGAACAAGAAGCAACAGCAGGGCGGCGGCAAGAAGCCCAACGGCGACGACGACGAUGCUGAAAUGAACGAUGCCGACCAGAAGGAGGAGGAAGAGGAGGAGCUUCUAGAUGACGAGAUUCUGAAUUCGAGUACAGCUGACAUCGUCAAGCGGCGGCGGAUGCUGGAGAACGAGAUGCGCAUCAUGAAAAGCGAGUUCCAGCGGUUGACACACGAGCAAAGCACAAUGAGGGAGAAGGUCAAGGAUAAUCAAGAAAAGAUUGAGAACAACAGACAACUACCAUACCUCGUUGGCAACGUCGUCGAACUACUUGAUCUUGAUGUCGAGGCCGAAGCGGCGGAGGAAGGGGCCAAUAUCGACCUUGAUGCCACGCGUGUAGGGAAGUCCGCCGUCAUCAAGACCUCUACCCGCCAAACCAUUUUUCUCCCCCUUAUCGGCCUGGUCGAUCACGAGAAGCUGAAGCCCGGUGACUUGAUCGGUGUCAAUAAGGACUCAUAUCUCAUCCUGGACACGCUCCCUGCCGAGUACGACAACCGUGUCAAGGCGAUGGAGGUCGACGAGAAGCCCACAGAGAAGUACUCAGACAUUGGUGGGCUCGACAAGCAGAUCGAGGAGAUCGUGGAAGCCAUUGUAUGGCCCAUGAAGGAAGCCGACCGAUUUAAGAACAUUGGCAUCAAGGCCCCGAAGGGCGCAUUGAUGUACGGACCCCGGGAACCGCUCGCCGGUCCGCAGCUCGUACAGAUGUUCAUCGGCGACGGAGCCAAGCUUGUCCGCGACUGCUUCGCUCUGGCCAAAGAGAAGGCCCCUUCAAUUAUUUUCAUCGACGAACUAGACGCCGUGGGUACCAAGCGUUUCGACUCCGAGAAGUCCGGUGACCGAGAGGUGCAGCGUACCAUGCUGGAGCUCCUGAACCAGCUGGAUGGUUUUGCCUCGGACGACCGCAUCAAGGUGCUCGCCGCAACCAACCGUGUCGAUGUCUUGGAUCCCGCGCUGCUUCGUUCCGGUCGUCUGGACCGCAAGAUCGAGUUCCCAUUGCCGAACGAGGAGGCUCGCGCCAACAUCCUGCAGAUCCACUCGCGGAAGAUGACGGUCGAAGACAGCGUCAACUGGGCUGAGUUGGCGCGCAGCACGGACGAGUUCGGAGGUGCGCAGCUGAAGGCGGUUUGUGUGGAGGCUGGAAUGAUUGCUCUGCGGAAGGGUAUGAGCAAGAUUGGCCACGAGAACUACGUGGAUGCCAUCGCGGAGGUCCAAGCCAAGAAGAAGGAUACCAACAUGGGUAUCUACGUCUAA